UUUUUAUAUGGAAAUGAGACUAGGAUACAAUUUAAGGAUAUGGAUGGAUUUAUUUAUUAGAAAUUAAAUUUAUCAAACAUUUAGAAAAUAAAUAAAUUAAUUUAUCAAACAUUCAGUUAUAAGUCAUCCGCUUAUCAAUCUAAAAUUGGAUCUAACAGGAGUGCCAUUUUGCUUCUUUGUUUCGCUCAACGGAUCAGCUGUCAUUGGUUGUGUUAGAUACUCGAACGCGGUGGCGGCGGAAGGCGACUGUUCGAGACGGUAAUCACCUGAAAUCACCAGAGGACUGAAUCGUAAUCUUCUAAAAAAAUGUCUGGUGAAGAGGAAGAAAACGCCGCAGAACUCAAAAUCGGAGACGAGUUUUUGAAAGCAAAGUGCUUGAUGAACUGUGAAGUUUCGUUAAUUCUGGAUCACAAAUAUGAGCAGCUUCAGCAGUCGUCUGAUGAUCCCAUGAAUCAAGUUUCUCAGGUAUUUGAAAAGUCAUUGCAGUAUGUGAAGCGUUUCAGCCGCUAUAAAAAUCCUGAUGCUGUUAGACAAGUUCGAGAAAUCCUUGCUAGAUAUCAGUUGGCUGAGUUCGAGCUGUGCGUCCUAGGCAAUCUCUGCCCAGAAACUGUGGAGGAAGCUAUUGCUAUGGUUCCAUCUAUCAAGACAAGAGGACGAGCUCAGGAUGAUGAAGCAAUUGAGAAGAUGUUAAAUGACUUAUCAUUGAUUAAGAAAUUUGAAUAAUAGUUUUGUCUCUUGUAAAUCACAGGUUUUCCUACAAUGUAAUGUAAGUGGUACUAUAUAACAUAUCACUUGACUGCAAGCACACAUGUUUCGUGGUUAUUACAAAACUUGUCAUGGUAAUAUAGAUACUUUACCAUGACUUUUAUCGACUAGGAUUUGAUAGAGAUCCGUGAUGGUGUAUGAGACUGUCUGUGACAUGUUACAAAGAUGAUUAAUGUGAUUGGCGAGUUAAUAUGGUGGUAUGAGCAUUUUAAAGGUAAUGUAUUACACUCUUCAAUGGUCAGCUUCCCUUGAUAUGCAACAAUGCAUAUUGAAAGACUGUAAGGUAAUAGCCAAUCACAUUAAUCCAUCUCAUGUUUGAAUCCACUUAGUGAGCUGAUGACCACCACUUUCUUUGAUUAUUAAAAAAAUCCCACAAGUUCUUUGCUU